AAGUUUCACGAUAUAAUUCAUAAUAUCAGUUACAUAGUCUACAAAAUUUAAUCUGAAAUUAGAAAAGAAAAAUGGCGAGCAGUUUCGAAAUUUUAUGCGGCAUCGCCAUAUUGAUUCUUACCCUCUAUUACUAUUUCACGUCAACGUUUGAUUUUUGGAAAAGUCGUGGAGUGGUUGGACCGAAACCCAUACCAUUUUUCGGUUCUACGAAGGAUCUGAUAUUGAUUAAAAAAUCGAUGGCUCACUUCGUCAAGGAUAUUUACGAGAAUUACAAAAAUGAACCAAUGAUUGGUUUAUACGCGAAUAGAUCGCCUUUUCUUCUCUUAAAUGAUCCAGAACUCAUCAAAGAUAUAUUAAUUAGAGAUUUUUCCAAAUUUGCAAAUCGAGGAUUGGGAGUUUUUGAAAAAACAGAACCAUUAUCGCCGCAUAUCCUAAACUUGGAAGUAGAAAGAUGGCGACCAUUGAGAUCCAGACUCUCCCCAAUAUUCACAUCAGGAAAAUUAAAAGAAAUGUUCUAUCUUAUAAUCGAGUGCUCGCUAAAUUUAGAAACAUAUUUGGACAAUUUAAUCGAAAAAAACGAGCCCAUCGAAUGCCGUGAAUUAACAGCAAGAUUCACAACCGACGUAAUCGGUUCUUGCGCGUUUGGUAUCGAUAUGAGCUCGAUGACGAACGAAAAUAGCGAAUUCCGUAAAAUGGGCAGAAAAGUGUUCGAUGUGAACUUAAUAAAUAUUAUACGAUUAAAGUUGAAACAAUUCAUGCCAAGGCUGUACGACUUACUCGGUUAUGUGAUGCCUGAUCGAACAUUCGCACCGUUCUUUACACGGGUUGUGAAGGACACAAUAAAGUACAGAAAUGAUAAUAACAUCGUUAGGCCAGAUUUCAUCAACAUGUUGAUGGAGCUCCAGAAAAAUCCACACAAAUUGGAAAAUAUCAAAUUGACGGAUUCAUUAAUCGCAGCACAAGCAUUUGUAUUCUUUCUUGCGGGUUUUGAAACUUCAUCGACAACUAUGAGCAACGCUCUCUACGAAUUAGCUUUGAAUCAAGAUGUACAGAAGAAGUUACGCGAAGAAAUCAAUACGUUUUGUGCUAAAAAUAAUAGAGAAUUGAAAUAUGAUGACAUCAAAGAAAUGGAAUAUUUAGAUAAAGUAUUUAAAGAAACGUUAAGAAUGUAUCCACCAGCAACAAUUUUAAUGAGAAAAGCAACAUCCGACUAUACAUUCAAUGACACGAAAGUUACGAUACCUAAGGACACCACAAUUUGGGUUCCAGCGUUUGCGAUACAUCGAGAUUCGGCUAUUUAUCCGAAUCCUGAUUCAUUUGAUCCUGAAAGAUUCGAUGAAGAUGCAAUGGCUAGUCGACAUCCUAUGCACUAUUUACCUUUUGGUGAUGGACCAAGAAAUUGCAUCGGUGCGCGUUUUGCGGUUUAUCAAACUAAAGUUGGAUUAAUUACCAUUCUUCGUAAUCAUAAAGUAGAAGUUUGCGAAAAGACAAUAAUUCCUUACGAAUUUGAUCCAGGUGCAUUUUUGUUGAGUCCAAAAGGUGGAAUAUAUUUAAAAAUAACAAAAAUAUGAAGUGAACGAAAUGAACGAAACAUUGCAUUCAAAAAUUUUUAGGAAUCUAUUAAGUUAAAUAUAUAUUUUACGGGGACAUAAAUAAUUAAUUCUAAUCAAAA